AUGAAGUGGAUGAUAAAGUGUUUCCUCUCGCAUCUUGAAAUGUGUAACAAGUUCGCAGGCGAGGCUAGGCAUGUUAUGGCUGGGAAUCUAGACAUUGCUCUUAAGUCAAGUCGACUUGACAGUUGCAAGCCUAACGCUGUCAACCUCACCAAGCAAAGUGAUAUCAAAAUUAUAAUCGAUUUCAAGAAACCAACGGAUGAUCUCAGGUACGGACAGGAAGACGAUGGUUUGAAACGGCCACUAGAAUCUAUGAACGUCAGACCGGAUCGAGAGUCACAUGCGAAACAAGUCGAAAGGAGCGUUGAAGACCCCGCUGAUGUUAUUUGGAUAAUGCUCAUGGCAACGGAAUAUGCCGGCUGUCUCGGGUAUAUAGCGUAUCAAAUGCUGCAUUAUUGGCCAGGCGCAUCUAGUGAUCACAGUGCGAAGUUCCCGAUGUGA